AUGCAAGCCCCUGCUGAUGUGCACACUCAGCUGCAGCUCCACACACGCCUGUACGCACAGGUCGUCCUGGCAGUGCCACUCGGCGCUUUUCUCUGUGCGCAUCAUCGACCCACGACAUUGUUCUCUUCUCCACGUAGCCUUCAAACUGGAACGACGCCAGCGAAUGACCUCGCCAGCAUCGCUCGUCACUCCCACCUCUCUCGCUGGGAAGCCGCCGUCAAGAUGGCGAUCAAUUUCGAGGUGACCACGCUCAACCUCCUGUGCACCUCGUUCGGCCUCUUCUUUGUGGCCUACGGCACCUUCUCCUACCUCAUCAAGGAGAGGCUCUACCUCGGAGAGGCGCCGCUCGCCGUGCUCAUCGGCAUCUGUCUGGGACCCUAUGGCCUGGGUGGCAUCUUCAACUGGGCGUCCAAGGAGGUGGAUGUCGACGAGAUCUCGCUCGGCCUGUGCCGCGUGGUGAUCGGCAUCCAGCUCACGCUGGUGGGCGUCCAGCUGCCGUACAAGUAUCCGUGGAUCGAGCUGCGCAGUCUCGUGGUGCUCCUCAUCCCCAUCAUGACCGUCAUGUGGCUCGCCACCACCUUCUGCAUCUGGCUCGUCAUCCCUUCGCUUCCGCUGCUCGCCGGGCUCGUCAUCGCCACCUCGGCCACACCCACCGAUCCCGUGCUGUCCAACGCCAUCGUCAAGGGCGCUUUCGCAGACCAGUACGUAUCGCCCCGGCUGCGCAACCUCAUCUCGGCAGAGAGCGGCGCCAACGACGGCUUCGGUUACCCCUUCCUCUUCCUCGCCGUGCAUCUCAUCAAGCUCGACUCCACCUCGCAGGCGCUCACCCGCUGGCUGUUUGAGACGUGCGUCUACACCGUUGGCGGCGCCAUCGUCUACGGCAUCCUCGUCGGCUACGUGUGUCGCCGGCUCAUCGAGUUCUCCACCGACCGCAACCUGAUCGACAAGGAGAGCUUCCUGCUGUUUGGUGCGGCCAUGGGCGUGUUUAUCAUCGGCUCUGGUGGCGUGCUGCAGAUCGACGACCUGCUUGCUGCUUUCGUCGCCGGCAAUGCGCUUUCCUGGACCGACUUCUACCGCGAGCAGUGCGAAGAGUCCGAGGUGGACAACUGCCUGGAUCUGCUGCUCAACCUCGUCUUUUUCAGCUUCCUCGGCGCCACGAUCCCGUGGGACGCGUUCGACGACCCGGACAACGGCAUCACGCCUGCCAAGCUUGUCUUCAUGUGCGUGCUCGUGCUGCUGCUGCGUAGACUGCCUGCCAUGAUCGCCUUCUACCGCUACGUGCCCACGCUACACGACGUGGCAGAGGCGUGCUUCGUGGGCUACUUUGCGCCCAUCGGUGCCGGCGCGCUCUUUUACCUCGGCGUGAUCCUGGACGAGUUCAAGCCCGAUGAUCCGUCGCCUGUGGCGAUGCGCAUUCGCGUGCUGGCCAAGCCCAUCACAUACGCGCUUAUCUUGUCGUCGAUCAUCGGCCACUCGCUCGCCAUCCCGCUCGUCAAGAUCGCGUUCCAGUACCUCGACGUCAAGUCGAUCAAGCUCGACGGCGAGUCGGACACGGGUGAUGAAGAGGACAAGGAGGACGACGGUGCGCAGGACGAAUCCGAGGGGUCGGUGGGGGCAGAGCACGAGCAUACACAUGCGCAGCCACGCGAAUACUUGCGUCCCGGUCGCAGUCGUCACGAGGACGAGUCGGACCACGAAGAGGGCGACCAGCGCGACUCGCGCUACUCGCUGAGUGGGACCGAUUCGCGCCGCAGCUCGCGCGUGGACGACAGCGAGCAUUCCGAGUCGUACCGGCACUCGAGCGUUCACCGCCCCGAGAACAGACGUCGAUCGAGCUAUCGCGACGAUGCCGAACUGCACGGCGCCUACCACGUGGACGGAUCCUGGGACGACCGUGCCUCGUGGCGUGUGUCGAGCGGCCACAAGCUGGGUCCGCACCAUCAGCUGCGCCGAGACGAAUCGGGACAACUCGUGCUCGAGCCACGCUUAUACACGCUCGACCACGGCGCACCGCUGCACUCAUCGCGAAGACGCAGAAGAGGUAGAAGCACAAGCCGUGCCGCAAGGCCCACGAGCACAGUUUCGCGCAGCGACCACGAGGCCGAUCCCGACGAACAGCAGAGCUUGCUCGAACAGGGCCGCGCGACCCUUGGCGCGCACCGUUCUUCCUACGGCGGCACUUCCGACCGCUGA